AUGGCCGCCUCCGACAUGUCUUCGGCUUCGGCAGAGAAGACGUACCUCAUGAUCGAGGAGAUUAACUCGGACUCGAGCGAGCCCCAGCUGCUCAGCCACUUCCCCGUCACAAACACGGUCAAGGACCUCAAGAUGGCCAUCGCGAGGAUGAUGGGCGAAGCGACCGAGUGGGACUCGGUCAUGGUGGUGUUUGUGGGCGAGGUGCUCGAGGACAACAGCAAGCAGCUCUCGUUUCACAAGGUCCAAAAUGGCGACACCAUCUUCUUCGUGCGCAGCGUCGAGCCGCCGCCGCCCUACGAUCCGUCCCGGGACGUCAAGGGCCCUCUCGCCGAGAAGCCACCGCUGCAGCAGCCGCAACAGCCCGCUCGGCCAACCCCGGCGGCGGCGGCCGGCGCAUCGGGGAUCGUGCUCAAGACGGUCUUCUUCCGUAACAUCGAGGGCCGCUCCAUGACGCUCGAGGACCUGCCCAUCACCAUGACCAUUGCCGCCGUCAAGGCGAAGCUGGCGGCCGAGAAAGACACGGAGAAUAACGACACGAUCCGCUUCAUCUGGGGCGGCAAGACGCUGGAGAACCACCGGACGCUAAUGGACUACAAUAUCGGCAAUAAUAGCACCAUCGAGAUUGUGUGGCGGUUGCACGGCGGGGCGGAGCGACGGGGAUAA